AAUGCCAUGACGGGAAUGAAAGUGCCGAAUUCGAUUGUCAAGAUUUUCCCAAUGACCCGAAUUGCAGGAUGGGAAACAAUUGUGCCGUCACAGACAGUGCCGAAUGUGAAAGCGCAGAUUGCAUGUACUCAGACUUCGACAUUAUUCUAGUGAGAAUAACCUUGAAACCCUGUGGAUUCUUGUGCUAGUUUCUGUCUAAAAUUUUCACAUAUUCGUAGUCCAUUGCUCACUUUAUUUCCGUAGCCAUUUUGGCUCAAGGAACAGCAGAGUGCUGAAAGCUUCAGAACAACAUUCCCAUUUCCCAACAAGAUCGUUAAAUCAAUGCCUUACACUCUUUGGCUUUAAAGUUAUUUCUGCCUCACCAAUCGAAACCUUUUCAUCCAGCUCUCGGCGUCGCCGGCCGAAACGCUAUGCAGUAUGAAGCUUCGGAGUAC